GUGUGUUCACAGGCUGUGUGUGUGUGUUUACAGGCAGUGUAAAGAAAAUGCCCAUAACACACAGGCUGCACCAGGCUCUGGACAGUGAGUGAGGGACUGCUCCUAGUCCUGCCUGGUUCAAGCUGCUUGAAUAAUUAUUAGUAUCACAAGACUUUGCUCUCUUAUUUUUCUUUGACUGUUCAAAAAAAUUUCACCCCACUCCCCCCAAAAAAUCCCAGAGUGUCAACACUGGGCCAGUUAAGUCGCUGAUAAAAGAGAUUGCUAUUUACUAUCUAAUAAUAAAAUUAUUUUAGGAAGGCCAAAGAGGUGGUACUUUCUGAGAUAAAUGAACACGUACCUUUAGAACAAGUAACAUUUCUGACUGUCAGUUUCUGCCAUAGAAUAAGGUUGUGCAGUAUUUUGUUUCUACAUUUUUCCAGGCUUUGCUUCAUUGAAAAUAUGAAAUCGUUAAACGAUGCACAUAAAGACUACUUAGACCCGAAGAAAAAAACACUCCGAGAGGUUCUGAAUGGUUUUGAGAAGGAUCAAAUGGUUGAUAUUUUGACCCUCACAUCUGGGUAUUUGAACCACAAUAAUCUCUGCAAAGUACCAGUGCACCAUGCAAAUCAAUCAUGGGAAUGUGCAAAAAAGUGCAAUCCCUUUGUAAAAAGAAGAAUCUGCUUACCUCCCCAACCCCAAGUAAAUGAAAUAAAAGUAAAGGCAAUGGAAGAUGCCUUAGUAAACUUCACUCUGGUGACCAGUACAGUGUCAAUGUUUCCUGCAACUAAAUCUCCUUGUCUCAACCACUUAGAUCUUAAAAGCUGUGUUGCUUCUCCUUUAACACCUUAUGGCUCACAAACCUCCGACACUCAGACCCGUUCGCGAAGCUCUUUCCUCAGUGAAGAACUAAAGUUAGCUGAACUAAUGCUGUUAAAAUCUCGAUCGUUGCGAUGUGGCACGUAUCACUCAGAGCAUGAUAGAGGCCAGUACCAAUUUGUUAAGUCCUACGUGGCUGGGGUGACCAAAAAGGACCAAUUCAAUAAAUUUGUGGCAUUUGAGAAAACAAUUCUACGGAAGCAGGAUAUCCUCGAUAAGAACGUAAUCUCUGGACACAAAGCAGUGGAGCAACAUGAAUGGAAGCUAUCACAGGAACUCAUGAAAAUAGGUGAUAUUAAAGGACCAAACUUCAUUCGCCUGCGAAUCUUCAGUGAUGUGUUUGAAGACAUCUGCAGAGACUCACCAUCAUUUUGCAUAAUCUUGAGGGAAAUCAAGGCUGAAUAUGAUGGGUACCUCGCGUCAAUUUUGGAGUCACAGCCAUCGGAUCAAUGCAAGAACUUUCUAGCUCAGUUUCAAGGUAUGGACAGCAGAACAGUGAGGACCCAUCAUGUGGAGGAGGCUCAACAAGAAGUUUCAAGGCUUGAGCAGAAGGCAAAAAUUGCUCUGGGAUGGAAUGAUCAACGGAGAACUGAACUGGAGAAUCAACUUGAAGAAGCCAAGAACUUGGUUGCCCAGAAAGAAACCUUAAGUAAGCCAGUUACAGAGCCUCAAGUAGCAAAAGUGCUGACUGUUCAAGAACAGGUGAUGUUACUGAGGAGUAAAAUUAUCAGAACUUUGAAACAGAUUGACUCACUGGAGGAUAAUCUGAGCACCAUGAUCCCAAUUCAAUUAUCUAAAGCUACGAAGACCUCUUUGAAAACAACUAAGGUUGAAAAUGUAAAACUGGAGAAAUCAAACAAGUUUAUUCAAGGAGCAACAAAGAAGUUUGCAAAUAUAAUCCAUAGAGUACUUCAUAAAAACGGAGUGGACAUAAGGGAGCAAGAGAACUUGUGGAGCAGUAUCAAAACAAUGGAUCUUGUUGAAAGCCAAACUGACACUGAUCUCAAGUCACCCAACCUAUGUCCGAAUGACAAUUUCUAACCUUGGGUUUUGCUGACAUUGCUACUGGUCUGAAUGUAGAUGCUAUAUAUAACCUAUGAUUAAAAAAAAGUGAUGGGAGAAAAGAGUGGGGGGGNUGGAAGUAUAAGUUUUAUAUAUAUAAUUCAUGUUUUCAUGUUUUUUACACAUUGUGAAAGAUUUAAAAUUUUUGAUUUUAACUUUCUUAUUUCUGUCCUUUAACAAUAAUUUAGUGAUGUGAUAACUAUACUAAUAACAGAAUUUAGGAACUUGGGCGGAAUGGAAAACGCCAUAAAAACAAUAUGUUUGUUUGUAUGUAAAGGAGAUGAUCUUGAAUCUGUACAAGAGAUUGUGCAAAUUUUGACAUUGUAUAUGUAGUCAUCAACUUUAUAUUUGAAAAUACACUGGAGUAAUAAGAAAAUAUUUGUGUACUUUCAGGAGCACAGCAAUGGGAAGAGAAUAUUUAGCCAUUUGAACCUGUUUUAUCAGUCUGUUAGAUCAUGGCAGAUCUUUUAUCCAAAUUGCCUGCUUUUUCUCAAUAGGACUUUAAAUAUCCUUACUUCCCGAGUAUCUCUCCUUUUAAACAUCCCAAUUGGUUUUGCUUCUCUUCUGGGGCAGAGCAUUCUAUGUUCCAUUUCUACUUUCAGAAUUUUUCAAGAACACAGAAGCUGUAAGAGAAAUUGAUUAUAUAAAUUAAGUUUGUUUUCCAACUUGAUGCUGUA